AUGGACGAAGACUUGAUUCUUGAUAUCAUGUCUUGUUGUCCUGCAACGGAGAUUUCAAAACUCCGUCUACUAAACAAAGCUUGCAACAAACGAUCUUAUGAGUUCUACUUCAUCAAUCAUCAUCUCCAAAGAACCAACUCUGUUUUAGGCUAUUUCAUUCAAGAUCAUAAAAAGCAUCGCCCGGGAUUUGUUGUCUUCGGUGCCGAAGAAGAAGCUCCUGAAAAGCCCAGAAUCUCUCUCGAGUUUCUUCCUUCCAGAGAUGCAAAGAUCGAAGCGUGUGAUGCACGUCAUGGAAUUUUGUUAUGUGUGGAUGAUAAAUUUAAAGGAGGGAGAAGAAUACCAGAUUACAUUGUCUGUAAACCGGCUACAAAACAAUACCGGUUUAUACCAAACCCGAAAACCCGGUAUUUUACUAUUGCAAUUGGAUUGAUGGUGAUUCAGUCUAACCCGUUUCGGUAUAAGAUCGUUAGGGUUUCUGAACCACUACCGUGGGAGAGAAGGAAGACGAGUGAGGGUUUCUAUAAUCUCAACUGUGAGGUUUUUUAUUCUGAUACUUAUGCGUGGAAGCAAUUAAAUGAUUUGGAACUACCGAGUGGCGAGUUUUUCCGGAGAUCCGAAAAACCAGAAGCAUUGUACGGCUGCUUGCAUUGGUUAACCGGGGAAAACAAUGUGAUUCAGUUUUGUAUGCAAACCGAAACUUGGUCUUUCUUUCCAUUGCCGGAAGAAGUAAUAGGCGAUGGUUCUUCUCAAGACUUGGUCAGCUAUGAAGGAAAGUUAGCUGUACUUUGUUCCAAUUUGAAUUCGAGAGGAGGAUAUGAUUUAUGGGUUUUAAACAACAGUUCAGGAAAAUCGUGGGCUAAUGUAAAAGAUGUGCAAGUUACAGAUUUAGAAGAUAAAUAUGCAAAACCUCUAUGGUUUCUGAGUAACGACAUCAUAUUAGUGGCAGGUUUUGCUCGCCUUGGUCUCUACAACACGAAUAGCAACAAGUUAUUGUAUAAGACGACUCAAGAAUGCUUGCCUUACUAUUUGCCUAGAGAUGUUUGUUUCCCUUUUUAUUCCAAUUUUGAAAGAAUUUGUCUAGAUGAAGGCAGUGGAAGAUCAAAGACAAAACAAAGUUAA